AUUUCGAUAUAAUAACCCUUUGUAAACUCAACAGUCAAGGAGAAAGUUGGUUCCGAUGCAGCAUAAUACUGGGUAAUAAUAACCCUCGGAGCGCGGGCAUGUAAGGCUCCAGCUUGGAAUCGUCCAACGCAUCCUCAUAUAGGCGCCAAUGCUACCUACCUAGGAAUGAUGGCCCCCAAAUUUGGAGAAGCCAUAGGAAACCUCGUCCUUUCAACUUCACGAUAUUUUACAAGACCCGUUCACGCAACAACAUGACAUGGAUCCAGUGAGCGCGAUCGGUGUAUCAGCUGCCGCUUUACAGUUCGCCGAAAUCACUAUUAAAAUUACGAAGCGCAUUGCCGUCUUCGCAGUCUUGCGUGAUGUACCAGAAGAUGUCGAAGGACCAAAAGCCUUUAUCGAACGCCUGCGCAGUCAGCUUGGCCUUCUCAACACCACCAUUAGACGAAUCGAAGAAGGGCUCCCGAAUUCUAACGAAAGCUUACAAGACAACGAACUGUUAGAGCUCAGGAAUUAUAUAUCGAAUCUCAAUCGCCACGGCAAGAGGCUCGAUGGAUUACUCAACAAGUAUCUUCCGGACGAUGGUGCUUCGGUCCCAGCUAGGCUACUGGCAGCUUUAAAGAGUAUCGCUUCUGAUACUGAGAUUAAGUCGGCGAUAGAUAGCGUCAACGAGCUACUCCCACUUUUGAACACAUUCCUUCUCACUUCAAUCUUCGCCAAAGGAAGCCUUGCUUUUAACCAAUCCAGAAACAUUGGGGCCGGUAUGAGUUAUGGUCUUGCACACCCAGAUUCUAGUGCGAUCUACCAGGUCACCCGCAAUGAGGUUCGGCAUUUUAUUGAUAGACCUGAAUUAUUCACCGAGAUCGAUCGCAUUUUAGGUACCGGGCAGAUACAGUUGCCUAAAAUGGCUAUAUUACAAGGUAUGGGUGGCCAGGGAAAAACGCAAUUGGCCAUCAGGUACUGUGGAAAGGCUCGGCUUGAAAAGAAGUUCCAAUACAUCUUGUGGGUAGAUGCUUCUACCCGGGCCUCGACCGUGCAUGGCUUGGAGGAGAUCUCGGAAAGCCUCAACGACGGCAACCAGACCUUGUUGGACUCCGACGCCCGAGUGGCGUUUGUGAGGCGUAGGUUGAACGCUGCACAUUUAUCAUGGCUCCUAGUAUUCGACAAUUAUGACAAUCCUGCCGCUUUCGAUCUUCGAGAGUAUAUGCCUAAGGGUCCUCUUGGAAAUGUACUAAUCACUAGCCGAAGUGCAGAUCUUGAGAGGAUUGGUCCAGUAAUGCGCAUUUCCGGUAUGAAUGAAGAGGAGGCAAUCAAACUGCUGUUUGCAUUGCUUGAUACCCCCAAGAAUGAUAAGAAUCGAAUAGCUGCCUCUGAAAUUGUUAAGCGAUUGGGUUAUUUACCCCUCGCUAUCGACCAAGCCGGUGCGUAUAUGAAAGCUGAAGGCGUCCCUUUAACAAGCUUCCUCGAUCACUACGAGCAAUCUGCAAGGGACGUCCUUGAGUCGGUCCCGAAUUUGUGGGAGUACUAUGAAUCCUCUGCCAGUGAAGCUGUAGAGGGUAUGUCCAACAAUACGGCUAAAACAGUGUUUACGACGUGGAAUUUGUCGUUUACGUUGCUGAAGCCUGAUACACUAGCAGGUACCCUGAAGGUCACCAUCCUUUCUCUACUAGCAUUUUUUGACGAGCAUGCGAUAUCGGAAGAAUUCUUUGAAGUUUAUUACUCUACGAUGAACCCGGGCCAGCAACCAGAAUGGAUAUCUCUCUUUGUUGAUGAGGAAGGGAAUUGGUCAAGUAAAAAGUUCGACGGUGUGAUGAGGGCAUUCCUACGGUUAUCGCUGAUCACUUCACUAAACACGGAAAGAGCGGAUACUAAGUAUGCAUCCAUAUCGCUCCAUCCUCUUGUUCGAGAUUGGAUCAAUCUGCGCCAGGAAAAGAGCGUCCACAAGGCCAAUUUCACAACAUUCACGAGGAUUCUAGCGGCUAACCUUUCGGCAACUUUUUGGGAAGAUUCGGUCUUUCUUUGGGGAUUUCGAGUAUCUGCGGACCAACGGCGCCGGCUAGCUGAACAUCUGAUUCCCUGGAUGGACGUAUUUAAACGGCAUAAGUCAGAUCUACGGCCUACUAUUAUCUGCAAGGAAAAUGAACGAGACUUAACGACUAUCACUGCAGAACAGCUAAUAGCUAAAUUCUUUUUCGAUGUUGACCAAGAAAAGAAUAGCUAUGAGCUGUCGCAGUGGCUUUGGGAGUCCUGCGAUGUAUCGGAUAGAGCCAUGCUGCGAGUUAAGUUCGACGCAGGCAACCAACAAUUUAUAUCCCUUCACACAACAGAUGAGGCGAGGAAUAAGAGCCGAGAGAACUUGCAGUAUUGGAAAUCUGUGCUUGGAAAUGAUAGCUCGGGAGCUAACAUGCUUCACGAGAGUCAUUUAGUCUUCGUCACAUCUUUAGUUCAAAGUGUGUACGUAGAAGAUAAACAAGAGUGUAUUGACACUUGUAAGGCCGAAUUGGAGAAACUACCAAACGACGAGGAAAACAUGUUACUGAGGCAUCGUAUACUAACCGAACUCAUAUACGCAGCACAUUAUCGUUACGAAUACGACAUAUGCAAAAAGACGUGUGAGAUCUUGUUAAAUGAGACGGAGAGAUGCGGCGGUGAUGGCUAUCGGAAGAAGAUCUGGUCGCAUAGAGUUUGGGACGCUGUCGUGAUGGUUGUGACUGAUAUCUCCAGCGACCCAGAACUUGCCGAUCAUCUUAGCCUGCUUGCACUUGAAUGGGCAACUGAAAAAUACGGUAUAAAUCAAACUUCUAUUGUUAGAUUUCACCUUUCGAGAGCGCGGUUCCUCCAAAAAAUGGGGAGGCUUGUUGAAGCUGAAACUAUGACCCGCGACUGUAUCGUGAAUGGCGGGGUCAAUCGCAACCACUACAUCCAAAUCCACCUGAUACUAGGUAGUAUCCUUAAGAACCAGGGGAGAUUCGAGGAAGCAUACGAAGCCUACAGUUCGGCUCUUUUACAAUCUCGGGGGACAAACAUAAAAACCGAAACACUGAACUUGCUAGAUUCCUGCGGAGAGGCUGCUAGUUGGUUCAACAUUGGACUUUCCGAUUCCCAUUACACCCUGAUGCUGUCGCUUUCUAAGAAGGUCCAGAACUGGUCCAGCGUAUUCUACGCUACGAUCAGAUUAUAUUGGGUCAAAUUAUAUAUUGGGACUGAGGUUUCCAUACAAGAUGCCCUUGCACUGCUUGUCGAUACACUGACAGCGUAUGGGAUUAAAUUCGUCUAUAAAAAGGAUUACAAAGAACCGACGCCCCUGAGAGAGAUCCACACUACCAUACACUUAGACGAACUGGAAUUAUUGCAACAUUCAAUUGAAAAUGAGAUGGUUCACAAUUCUCUCAUGGAGAGCUUUGGUGGCUCAUGUUGUUAUGGCCUUAAUCUUUUAACUUACUUAGCAACGCGACUGCUAGAGGCUUCGAGUAUCGACGCAGCCGAGCAUGCUUUUCAACUCGCUUUCCAACUUGCUAAAAUGGAAUUUGAUAAGAGGAUGGAUAUGGACGGUCAACCAGCAAGAGUAUUCGCCAGCGACAUCUGUAAUUACACAAGAUUGCGUUUUGCAGUCGACAAAGACGAGCAAAGAGUACGAGACAUCCUGGACUGGACGAGUAUCCUCGUUCAUAAACAUGCUGAGGGUGGCAUGGAAGGAUACCACGAAGAGUGGUGGGAGUGCCAAAAGGAGCCUCUAUUGGACCUCAUUGAGACUCGUAUACAACGUGCUAGAAGGAGGCAAUCUAAGGCGAUGCGGAAGAUUUCUAAUCGAUUCUCGAACAUGAUGGGUUCGAAACGUUUCGAUUUGUUUUUACGCCCAUCUAUACAGCAUGGAUUAACUCGCACAAGCGAUAUUGCUACUUUACCAGAGAGGCCGGCCGCAUCACAGGCCCAUAGCAACUCCGUGGCAGGCACAUCUAGGUCAUGAUGGGUGUUAUAUGAGAUAGGGAAUAUUGCAUGACUUCUGGAUGAUAUAGAAGAAUCAUAAUGACCCCGUCGCUUCGCGGAAACGUCUCAGCGAAGACGACAAGCCCAUCGAUUUUUAUUCUAAGGGUGUCAUAGAAACUCUAUGUCUACCUGGAGCAGAAUGGGGUUAGAAAAUGAGACCCAUUUGCAAAAUGUACCACAUCGGACCAGGCAAAUGUUGGCUGUGUAACAGAGGAUGGUUUUCCUUGUAGUGCAU